CAGCUACCAUACACACAGAACACAAUAACAACAUAUAUGUCGACUGCGAUUUUUCUUUCCUUAACACAACAUACACACUGAACUCACACGCUCAAAUUCUACACUUUGUUUUUAUGUUCAAAUUAAUUAAUCAACUUUAUUAUAUCAGCAAGAAAGGAAAAUGUUGCAGCUAUUAUAUGCAGUGAUAUUUGUGGAAAUGUUAAUGAUCAUGAGCUUUCUGUUCAAGACACCUUUGAGGAAUCUAGUAAUCAUCAGUUUGAAUAAGGUUAAGCGAGGUCAGGGACCGGUCGUCGUUAAAACCGUCGCCGCCGCUUUGGUGGUGAUGCUCUGUUCUGCACUCUAUAGUAUGUAUAAGAUACGGCGUCUGUCCCUUGAAGGUGUUGCCAUUGUUGACCCAACAGAUCAAGUACUCUUGUCUAACCACGUACUCCAAGCUUCUCUUUUGGGGUUUGUUUUGUUCCUCUCUAUGGUGAUAGAUAGAUUGCAUCAUUACAUUAGAGAGCUUCGGGUUCUUAGGAAAUCCAUGGAGACUGCAAAGAGUCAAAAUCGAAGUUUUGAGAACAAUAAAAACAUCAACUCAGUGGAGAACAAGGCCUUGAAGGAAGAAAUUGAUGCAUUAAGGUCCAAAGUUAAGAAACUUGAAUAUGAAUGUCAGGUAAAAGAAAGCAAGACUAAGUCCUUAUAAAUUGAGGUGGAAGCUCUUAAAGAAGCAAUCUAAAGGGGUUCCUUAUGGAAUAUGAUCAUCUCUUCAUAGAUAUUAGAUAAUUAGAAUCUUGGAAAAAAUUGUUGAAGGGUAUAGAACAGUGAUCUUCCUAUGUUGAUAACAAAAAGAGCUUGUAAAGUUGUUUGACUAUAGCUUAUAGUUAUAGGUAGAUAUAUUUUAAGCAAAAUAUAUCAUAUUUUGACAAUGAUUUCUGUACAAUUUAUGUACGGAAUUUUAACUGCUGCUUAACGAUGACUAAUCAUUAUCAGAAAACGUGUGAAGCAAGCACAUAAAGUGAUUCUCCCAUAUCAAUUGAAUUCAAGAGUUCAUAAUAUUCCUCUUACACACAUAAUUAUAAAAUUAUCAAAGUUUAUUUCAUUAAUUUUCUAAU